GAAGCGAAAGCUCGGUGUUGGCGGGGCUGCGGCAGGGCGGCGGGCCCCGAGCCGAGGGGGUUAAACCAGGAGCCUCCCCUUACCUUCAAAAAGUUAAAAAUGUCUGGAGCCUGCAUCUCUUAAAGGGGCGGUGCUGGCUGCAAGGAGUCUUGGCACCGGCUGCGAGAAAGGCUGGUCAGGGGCGUGAGUUCCCCUCCACCAACACCAAAACAUUGCAAAAAAAGGCAGAGCGCCCCACACUUUAGAUAAGGACAAUUAGCCACCAGCGAGCCCCUGCAGACAGCGAGUUAAUUAGGGGUUUCCUGCUCUCCGGCAUGCCCUGUCCCAGCUCCUGCCCCCCGGGGCUCUUAGCCCUGAUGGCACCUGGGCUGGCCCUCAUGGCCACCUUCUCGCUGCCCUCCCAGGCUGGGGACAGGAGAGCACUGCCGGUGGAGAAACCUCCAGGUGUGAAGGGAAGAACUCUCAUUCUCCUUGAUGUCAACACCAAGAGCCCUGUCAGGAUAAUCAGUGAGAAUUUCCUCUCCCUGCAGCUGGACCCCUCCAUCAUUCAUGAUGGCUGGCUCGAUUUCUUAAGUUCCCGGCGUCUGGUGACCCUGGCGCGGGGCCUGGCCCCCGCCUUCCUGCGCUUCGCGGGCAAGAGGACGGACUUUCUGCAGUUCCACAACGUGAAGAACCCGGCCAAGAGCCGCGGCGGGCCCGGCCCCGACUACUACCUCAAGAACUACGAGGAUGACAUUGUUCGCAGCGACAUUGCCCUGGAUAAGCAGAAAGGCUGUAAGAUCGCCCAGCAUCCUGACAUAAUGUUGGAGCUACAGAGGGAAAAGGCAGCUCAGAUGCACUUGGUUUUGUUAAAGGAGCAGUUUUCAAACACAUACAGCAACCUCACAUUAACAGCCAGGUCUCUAGACAAACUCUAUAACUUUGCUGACUGCUCUGGCCUUCACUUGAUCUUUGCACUGAAUGCUCUGCGCCGAAAUCCCAACAACUCCUGGAACAGCUCCAAUGCCCUCAGCCUGCUGAAGUACAGUGCCAGCAAGAAGUACAACAUCUCCUGGGAGCUGGGCAACGAGCCCAAUAACUAUCGGACACUGAUCGGCCGCUCGGUGAAUGGCAGCCAGCUGGGAAAGGACUACACUCAACUGAGAAGCCUGCUGCAGCUUAUCCGCACUUAUUCCAGAGCACACCUCUAUGGGCCAAACAUUGGAAGGCCCAGAAAGAAUGUCAUUGGUUUCCUAGAAGGGUUCCUGAAAGUGGCCGGCGGCACAGUGGAUGCUGUUACCUGGCAACAUUACUACAUAGAUGGUCGAGUGGCCAAAGUGACAGACUUCCUGAAAACACGCCUGCUAGACACACUCUCAGACCAGAUCAGGAAAAUCCAGAAGGUAGUGAACACGUACACACCAGGGAAGAAGAUCUGGCUGGAAGGUGUUGGCACGUCCUCAGCUGGAGGCAUGAACAACCUCUCCGAUUCAUAUGCAGCUGGGUUCCUGUGGCUGAACACGCUGGGCUUGCUGGCCAGCCAGGGCAUCGACGUGGUAGUGCGGCAUUCCUUCCUCGACCACGGCCACAACCACCUGGUGGACCAGAACUUCAACCCCUUGCCGGACUACUGGCUGUCCCUACUCUACAAGCGCCUCAUUGGUCCUAAGGUGCUGGCGAUCCACGUGGCCGGUCUCCAGAGGAAACCCCGGCCCGGCAGAGUCAUUCGAGACAAGCUCCGGAUUUAUGCCCACUGCACCAGCUACCACAAUCACAACUAUGUCCGGGGAUCCAUCACCCUUUACAUCAUCAACCUGCAUCGCUCCCGGAAGAAAAUCAAGCUGGCAGGGACGCUGCGGGAUAAGAUUGUCCACCAGUACUUGCUGCAGCCCUAUGGCAAGGACGGGCUCCACUCCAAGUCAGUCCAGCUCAACGGGCAGCCGCUGGCCAUGGUGGAUGACGGGACUCUCCCCGAGCUGAAGCCUCGCCCGCUGCGGGCCGGCCGCACCCUGGUCAUCCCCCCGCUGACUAUGAGCUUCUACGUGGUGAAGAAUGUGAACGCGCUGGCCUGUCGGUACCGAUAGCCCGCAGCCCACAAUGGACUCGCCAGCCCCGCUCCUGCCCCCGUGCACUGCCCAGGUCAUGCUGCCUCCUUGGCAGCCCACGCAGCCUCGCCGUGGGGCCGUGUUGGGCAGCUCCACGCCAUGCCCUCAUCCUCACCCCCAGGAUGUCCUCCACCUUGGCACCACUCCUGCCCUGUGGCCGCGGAGCUCCACAUGCCUUGGCCGCCAUCCCGCCAGAGCAGUGCGACAGCCAGUUUGCAGGGCCUGCCACCAUCCGUCCCGUGAGCUGCGAGAAGCACCCGGGCUCUCGUGCCUGCUGGCUGCAGGGAGGGUUGGGGUGCUGAGCCCCGGUAUAUCCCGGCACGGACACCCUCCCCGACCCCCUGGUCCCGCUGCCCCUCGGGAUGACCCCUCCAGCAGCCGGACCCCCUUCCCUGGAGGCGGGCAGUACCCCGGUGCAGCAAGCGCAUGGAAGCAGCUCCCUCUACUGCCGCCGGGAUGCCGCCAGCGGCCUGGCCCGCUGCGAGAUGCACCGGGCGG